AUGGCUGGAGAAGACGGUGAUGUUUGGGUUCCGAGAGUUGAAGACGGCGAUCAAGUGGACAUCCCUGAAUAUACUCACCCCGAUUAUUUCACCAUAAAAGUGUACCAUGGAGGCUGCAUACAGAAGGAGUGUUAUGUUGGAGGGAAGUUUGACUACUACGAUAAUGUAGAUAAAGAUCGGAUGUCAUUGGUGGAGGUAGAUAACAUGGUGAGGCAACUUAACCCGGCUUAUAGACAGCAAAGAAUCGACUAUUGGUAUAGGGUAGGCGAUGAGCAUGAUACACUUAUGAAGCUGGAUACAGAUGAGGAUGUGGUUGUCAUGUGCAGUUCAGUACCGGCAUGGAGGCUUAUGGUACUGUACUUGGACCAUGUGGAGCUUCAUGAAGUGUUCGGGGAUUCAGAUGACGAUGUAUUCAUGUACGAAGAUUUCUUCUUCAGUCAAGGUGGUAAGAGUGGUGUUGUUAUAGAAGAGCUUCCUGACUCGCCAAGAAAGAAGAGUGGUGUUGUUAUAAAAGAGCUACCGGAUGAGCCCAGACCACAUUCAAGCAAAGGAGUUGUGAUUAGAGAGGUUGAAAACCGUGUACCAACUCAAGCAAGCCAAGCUGGAGGUUUGGAUCCAAAAGAUAAGGGAAAACAGAUGCUUAUAGAGUACCAUUCCAGUGGGAAAAAACCUUCAAAAGGUGACCAGCAAGCAUCAAGUGGUUGGGGCCAGUCAAGUAUAGGACAAGGGAGUAGUGGUAUUGGUUCAACAAGUGGUGUGCAAGGGUCAGGUGUGGUGCUAGGGAUAAGUGGUAUAGAUGGUGAGGAUUUUGGUCUACAUGAUAUAGAUGUGUUGGACUAUCUUCAAACCUUUGGUGGUGGUGAGGCUGAUGUAGAGAUUGAGGAUGUUGGAUUUGCACAAGGGGGCAGUGAGGAGGCAGAUUCAAGUGAGGAUGAGGAUUAUGAUCCUCAAUUUGAUGAUGAGGAUUAUGACCACUAUGGAACUGAGGAUGAAGAUUGGUUGGAAGAAGUAGGGAUGGAGGCAGCUUCAAAAGGCAAUACUUCAAGGGUGGGAUCAAAGGGUGAACAGUCAACAGUGGAAGAGGAUUUAGGGCACUUUUCUGAUGAUGAGGAUAUGUUUAGGGAGGAUGGUUCAGAUGAUGAACAGCUGCAAUAUGCCAUUAAUUCUGAUGGAGAGUUAGAGGAUGUGGGGAUUGAAUUCAACCCUCUAACUGAUAUGAAAAAACCAAAGUUUUGCUUGGGAAUGAAGUUUGCAGAUGUAAAGGUAUUGAGGGAUGCCUUAAGAGAGAUGGCAAUUCAGGGAGGAUGGGAAUAUGUCUAUAUCAAGAAUGAUAAGACCAGGUUAAGGGUGGUGUGCAGGGAGGAUAACUGCCCAUUUUUUUUGUUUGCCUCAAAAAUGCAACAUGAAAGCACUCUUCAGAUGAAGGAGUAUGUACCAACUCACAACUGUACAAGAAAGUUCAACAAUAGCAUGGUUCGGAUGAGAUACCUAACUGCAAAGUUCAAGGACCAGAUUGCUCUUAACCAAGAGAUAACACCAGAUUCUCUAGCUAAGACCAUGUCAUCUUCCAUUAGAGCUAGAGUUUCAAGGUCCCAGGCUUAUAGAGCUAAAAGAGCUGCCAUGUUGGAGGUUGAGGGAUCCAUUAGAGAGCAGUAUGCUAGGCUGAGGGAUUAUGGGAUGGAGCUGCAGAGGGUUGAUCCAGCAACAACAAUAGACAUAAAAUGUGACUUCAACAACCGGGAGAAGCUCCCCAUAUUCAAAAGAAUGUACAUUUGCCUGGGAGCUUUAAAGGAGGGGUUCAAGGCUGGAUGUAGAGCAGUUAUUGGACUUGAUGGAGCACAUCUUAAGAGUUGCUUCGGGGGUCAGCUUCUAACCGCUGUCGGAACAGAUGCCAACAACACUUCUUGGGUUGUGGCAUAUGCAAUGGUGGAGCUGGAAACCAAGGAUAGCUGGACUUGGUUUCUUGAAUUGUUGGUGAAGGACCUGAGUAUUGAGAAUGAAGGUGCAGGCUGGAUUUUUAUUAGUGAUAAACAGAAGGGGUUGAAACCUGCAUUUGAGGAUGUUGUCCCAUCUGCAGAAAUCAGAUUUUGUGCAAGACAUUUAUGGACAAACUUCACCAAGCUGUUUCCUGGAAAGGUUAUGAAGGAUCAAAUGUGGAAAGUAGCAAAGUCAACAACUUUGCCUUACUUUAUAAAGGAAAUGGAGGAGAUGAAGUCCCUUGAUGUUGAUGCUUAUAAUUGGUUGACAGCACCCGAGAGGCCACCCAAACAUUGGUCCAGAGCUUACUUCAGACCAGGCAACAAUUGUGACGUCCUCAUUAACAACAUGUGUGAGAGCUUUAAUGGCCUUAUUGUACAUGCAAGGGGUAAGCCACCUAUCACAAUGUUUGAAGAGAUACGGAUGAAGUUAAUGAGGAGGGUUCCAAGGAGGAAAGACAAGAUGGCAGCUUAUGAAGGAACUAUCUGUCCAAAGGCCAGAAAGGUUAUAGAGAAGAAUAAGAUCAAGGCUGCUGAAGACUGCAUUUCAACAUUCAAUGGUGCGGACCAAGCAGAAGUGGAGAACAUUGAGGGUUCCAAGAAUGUUGUUGACCUUGCUGCAAGGACAUGCAGUUGCAGGAGGUGGGAUUUGACUGGAAUCCCAUGUAAGCAUGCAAUUUCUGCCAUCUUUGGAAAGAGGGAGGAUGUAGAUGCAUAUGUGGCCGAUUGCUACCUCAAGAGUACAUAUAUGAGUAUCUACUCCAACGUGAUAAUGCCUGUUAAUAGCAUGGAUAUGUGGUCAAGAAGUGAAGAACCAAGCAUUUUACCUCCUCAAUAUUCAAGGCAACCGGGUAGGCCAAAGACUAAGAGAAUCAAGGAUGCUUCUGAAAAGGUUCAAGAUGGUGUUGGGAAACUUGGAAGGGUGCAAAGGUCACUCAAGUGUAGCAACUGCAACCAAGUAGGACAUAAUCUCAAAACUUGUCAAAGGCAUUUGCCUCCGAAGGAGAGGAAGACUUCUACUGUUUCUAGGAAGAGGAAGGCAAAUAAUGAAGCUGGUCAAGGUUCUCCAAAUCAGUCCAAGAGAGGUAAAAAGGGUCCUAUGACUGCCAAUGAGUUGAGGGAGAAAGUGAAGGAAAGAGCUGAGUAUCAAAGAUUUCUGCAAAAUUUGUGCAAUUCGCAGAUGGCUGCAAAAUCAUGUGUAAUUGGCAGAUUUCUGCAAAAUUUGGAGGAGAUGGGGGAUGAUGAAGCAAGGGUCAAUUUGGACAAUUUACUAGUGACAUGGCAUGCCAGCAGCUGA